CGCCGCUGCAGCAGCUGCGCCCGUGCGUCAUGGAACAGCCCGGCGGGUGAGCUGCGCCCAAGCAGCGCGGAGGCACCCGAGCCUUGUGGUCUCGCUACCCUACGGAAGGAGAGGGGACCCCGCGAGGCCAUCUGCGCCACCCUCCCCACUCCCGAGAGACCCGGCUGCCGCUGAGGACCCCCCUUGCCAGCCCCAGAGGCGGACGGGCGUUGAGCCCCAGCGAGGCGGCCGCGGAGGAGCUCGCUUGCCUCCUCUGCGCGAGGACCGUUUGGCUGCACUCGAGGGGACCCCGCGGACCGCGCUAGGUGCCUCGGCCGCCCGGCGCCACCGGAGGAGGGACUUGGCCAGUGCCCUGUCCCUUGUCCCCGGGGCUGUCGCUCGUCUCUCUCCCAAGCGGCGGCGGUGGAACCGGUUGGAUCGCCUGCCAGGAUACCCGACGGCCCCGCGCGCCUCUCCAAAAAGGGGGCUCCGCUGUCUCCCCGCCAGUCUUGCAAACUUUCUUCCCGACCUCUCCAAGCUCUGCGGUGGAUGGGUGUCCUUCCUUCUUCUCCUGGCCUUCCACCCUCUUCCUUUUCCUCUUCCUCGCGCAAUCGGCUUUCCCGGGGCUUUGCUGCGAAGUCAAGCGGGCGCACAGAAAUUCAGGCUCCCGGGCAGGCGACUCGCGUUCUUCCUCUUUAUUUCUGAUUCUCUCUCUCUCCCCCCCCCUCUCUCUCCCUCUCUCUCCCCCCCUCUUCUAAAUCUACCCUGUGGGCGAUCUGUUUUGACCGCUGUCCUGGUUUCUGAACCGCUGGAAAUCGACUAGGGAGAGAGCGAGCGAACAACAAAAGGGACAUCUUCGGAGCCCCGCAAGGGAUUUUACGCUUGGCUGGUGGAUCUGAAUCGGUUUGGAGAGAGCGCUCCGGUGGGCUGGGAGGAGGACCCCUUCCUGGGCGCACUCUCUGCUUGCUUUGGGGUGGAAUGGAGAGUCUUCUUCCUUGUGCCAAAGUUUCAGAUCCUGCAAAGAGGUGAAACUUUCUAUUUAGGGGGCUGUUUUUCCUGUUCUUUCCCCCCCUCCCUUUCUCUUCCUUUUUUUUUGUGGCGUGGACAAAACAACAAGGGGGUGUCCUGUGGAAAGGCAGCAGCAACAGAUUCACGUGGACUUUGUUGUGUGUGUGUGUGUGGACUGAGGCGUGACCUCUGGACAGAGAGGAGUGAUUUGUAGUGUUUUCACAUUUUUCCUCCACCCUUCAGGGAGUCUGGUGGGUUUCCAAUCCCAUCCGACCCGGAUUCAGCCUUGCAAAGAAAACAUUUCUGGUUUAUAACAGUGGAGACUUUUCUUCCUGGUUCCCGUUGGAUUGGAAGGCUGAGAAGUUCUGAAUUGCUCUUUUAUUUCUUUUUAUUGUUAAAAAAUAAAUAAGACCCACGCCUUCUCUGAAUUGUAGAGCCAACCGAUUUAAAAAGCACAGACCAAACCUCUUUCGGAUCAAGAUGCUUCAUUCCGACCUAUAAUUUCAGUCUUCCAAAAAGAGACCUGAGAAGGAUGGAUAACCCCUGGGCUGCUUUGAUACGGCUAUAGUCAUGAGCCUUUCCUGGUUUUCCUGGCCCCCGCCUGAGAUCUGCGACCCCCAGGAGAAUGCGCUUGGCUUUGCCCCAUUCUUAACCUCCCUCCGCUGAUUGGGAAGGCGACGACUGUCCGUCUUAGACCUCCUUCUAUAAAAAAAACACCAGAUGGUUUUGUCCUUCGGAGAUUGUCCUCUUCUGCUCUUUGUCUCCAGCCGUUGCCAAGUCUGCUGUGGGCCUUGCUAGCUUCCUGGGGACGGCCCCUUUUCAACAGCGCCCAGGAGGUGGGGGGGCUGGGGGCAGAGACCCAGCCGCCUCACCGGACACCCCCAUGGCAAUCCGAGCCCGAGCGCUUUACGAUUUCCAGAGCGAGAACAAGGAAGAAAUCAGCAUCCGCGAGAAUGAAGAGUUGACGCUCUUCAAUGAGAAGUCCCUGGACGGAUGGCUGCAAGGCACCAACUCCCGCGGGGAGACGGGCCUGUUCCCCGCCUCUUACGUGGAGAUCCUCCGCUCCAGGUCCUCCUCUACGUAUACCAACAGCCCCGCUGGGUCUCCUGGAAACGGCUCCUCCUUCUACGUCCCCUCGUCCGUCCCGGGCAUUUCCCACCAGGGCAGCUUUGAAGAUGACGACGAUGACUGGGAUGAUUGGGACGACGAAAGCACGGUGGUGGAGGAGCCCAGGAGCGGGGCAGGGACCAACGGGCACCCGUCACCCACCCUGUCCUGCCCCAGGCCCUACGCUCACCCCAACAACGGCGGCGGCCGUCCCAAGCCGUCCCUGGAGAGGCAGGACAGCAUCGGGUCUUCCAAGAGAGGAAGCGUGGUGAGCCGCAACCUCAACCGCUUCUCCAGCUUUGUCCGCUCCGGCGUGGAGGCCUUCGUUUUGGGGGAUGUGCCCAUGAUGGGCAAGAUCUCGGAGGCCUACUACAUAGACAUGGGCUCCAAAGGCCCACAGUGGCGGUCCAACCCCCACCCUUUCCUCUGCUCCGUAGAAGAGCCCACCAAGCAAACCAAGUUCAAAGGCAUCAAGAGCUACAUCUCCUACCGGUUGACGCCCAGCAACGGCCAUUCGCCGGUCUACCGGCGCUACAAACACUUCGACUGGCUCUACAACCGCCUGCUGCACAAGUUCACCGUCGUCUCGGUGCCCCACCUGCCGGAGAAGCAGGCCACGGGGCGCUUCGGGGAGGACUUCAUCGAGAAGCGCAAGCGGAGGCUGAUCUUGUGGAUGGACCAUAUGACCAGCCACCCGGCCCUCUCCCAGUACGAGGGCUUCCAGCACUUCCUCAGCUGCGGCGAUAACAAGCAGUGGAAGAUGGGGAAGCGCCGGGCGGAGAAGGACGAGAUGGUGGGGGCCAGCUUCCUCCUGACCCUCCAGAUCCCAACCGAGCACCAGGACCUGCAGGAUGUGGAGGACCGCGUGGACACCUUCAAGGCCUUCAGCAAGAAGAUGGACGACAGCGUCCUGCAGCUGACCAGCGUAGCUUCCGAGCUGGUUAGGAAGCACGUCGGCGGCUUCCGUAAAGAGUUCCAGAAACUGGGCAACGCGUUCCAAGCGGUCAGCCAAGCCUUCCAGAUGGACCCACCCUACAGCUUCGACGCCCUCAACAACGCCAUCUCCCACACGGGCAAGACCUACGAGAUGGUGGGGGAGAUGUUUGCAGAGCAACCCAAGAAUGACCUGUUCCUCAUGCUGGACAGCCUUUCCUUAUACCAGGGACUUCUCUCCAACUUCCCAGACAUCAUCCAUCUCCAGAAAGGUAGGCCCUCUCUCUCUCUCUCUUUUUCUUUGGCCCCGAAGGACCGAGAUAGCAAUGCGGCAGAACCUGUCCUGCGUGGCGUGCCCCUUGGGGGGGCAGGAAGGGCAGAGAGGUUGAGCGGGCUGCCUUCCUUGGUUUGAAGGCAGGCUGGAGCCAGGAUUGUCGGCUCCUCUGGCAGCCUCUUGGCCUUUCAUCUCACGGAAAGUCC